AUGCGAAUCAGAAAAGCAGCGCCCUUCAGCAGCCUCUCAAGUGACCGGAGCAGCCGAGCGGAUUUAAAAGAGGCCUGGGCGGGCGGAGGGAGGCUUCGGAGAGCGCGCGGAGUCCAGAGCGCAGCGCAGCCGGCACCCGGCACCCACCGACGGGCGCAGCGGGGCCGAGCGGAGCCGGAGGCGCGCCCCGGGCAGAGAGAGCUAAGCCGGCCGGCCGGGCGCCCUCCCCAGUCCGUGCUCCCGCGCCGCGCCCCUGCGGCCAGCAUGAGGCUCCUGUCGGCCGCGCUGCUCCUGCUGCUCCUGGCGCUGUGCGCCGCACGCGUGGACGGGUCCAAAUGCAAAUGCUCCCGAAAGGGGCCCAAGAUUCGAUACAGCGACGUGAAGAAGCUGGAAAUGAAGCCAAAGUACCCGCACUGCGAGGAGAAGAUGGUUAUCAUCACCACCAAGAGUGUGUCCAGGUACCGGGGUCAGGAGCACUGCCUGCACCCCAAGCUGCAGAGCACCAAGCGGUUCAUCAAGUGGUACAACGCCUGGAAUGAGAAACGCAGGGUCUACGAAGAGUAGGGCGAAAAAUCCCUCAUGGGAAACCUUCACACCAGCUGGGAGAGGAGCAAAGGACUCUGCAGAUAAAAAACAAACCCUUCCUUUCUCACAGGCAUAAGACACAAAUUAUAUAUUGUUACAAAGCACUUUUUACCAAGGGUCAGUUUUUACAUUUUAUAGCUGUGUGGGAAAGGCUUCCAGAUGUGAGACCCUUCUCUCUUGUGCUCCAGACUUCAUCACACACUGCUUUUUACCGAAAGGGGGGAAACUCAUGCCUUUCCUUUGUAUUAAAAAAAAAAAUGCUUUUUUGUAUUUGUCCAGACAUCGCUACAUCUGAGCUUUAUAAGCGCCUGGGAGGAACACAGAGCUUGGUUGAAACAUUUCAUAGCAGCGUUGCUCCACUGCUAAUGUGGGGCGCUUCCGCCCAGAGGUCCUGGGGCCUCCACACAGCUGCCAUGGGCUCUCCUGGGCUCAGGGUUGGUCACGGCCUCAGGGGGACUCCACAGUGGCCCCAGUCACCAGGCAAGCAGAAGCGCAUCUCUCUGCAUCUGUUUUUUGAGGGACUCAAGUUUGUCCGCCUCAGGAAGGCACUUGAUUCCCCCGCCCCAAAUCCCGGUUCAUUUUUACCAGGAAACAAUCAUAAGAUUCUGGGAUGGCAGAGCAUAGAGCCCUUCGGGAAGGGGUUGCAUCUUCUUCUUGUGAAAGGUUGGUUCACUGCUCCAGUAUUUACUGCUCUGGAAGCACGUGAAGUUCCCAACACUGGUAGCAAAACCUUACAUGAAAUCUUAAAAACAUACCAAUCCACACACGGGAUGCCGCUAGGAACACUCACGCUGUUGGUGAUGGACAACCUUCAUGUUUCCCUUUCUCCUCGCGACAGAACAUGUGGGAUGGCAUUCUACCUGGGACCCCCUGUGUAGUUCUUCAAUUUAAACAGCACAGUCCUCUCUUAAAAGCGAAGACGACCACACACACUCUCUCCUUUGUACAUAGCCCCUUAAGAACGCCCCCUCCAUACCCUGCCCCUUCACUAUAUGCCUCAUUGUCCUGCUGUGUCAUAUGCUUUGCACGUGUCAGAAACCAUUAGCGUUGCAUGCAGGUUUCAUAUUCUUUCUAAGACAAAAAGAAAAGUAAUAAAAUAUAUUUGAAAUGUACCCAAA